AUGAUUGAAAACCUGAAAAGAGGGAAUGCAACCCCAAGAAUGCAACAAAAUAAAAAUAGAAUAAUGCAAUCCUCUAUAUUUGGUGAUGCUCCAGAAGAAAAACCCACCCAAAAUUACAAUUAUCAGCCUCCUCAAAAUCCUCUCCAACAAUAUUCGCCAAAACAAUAUGAUUAUAGUCGGCCAAAAGCCAGCAACUACUCACCGCAAUACCGGCAAUCUCAAAAUCAAUCAGCUUCAUUUCCUUCUACUCAGCCACUAAAUAUUCCAUCAUUUAAAGGUCUUGUUCAGCCAUCCAGAAUACCAGACUUGUCUCCUUUCCCAGUGGUAUCAGUCAAUCCGAUUUCUUUAAAUGAUACAUAUGAUUUUUCAAUGAAACCUAAAUCAGGAUUAAGAGCAACAUCGAAAUCUCUUCAGUUUAAACCAAGUGUUGAACUCAAAAACAUGCGAGAUCAUAUGAGUCAAGAUUUGAGAACUUUUUCAAAUCGAUUUAAUUCUUUGGAGUUAAAUGCCCCUGUUGAGCUUAAUAUGGCAGAUUUCAAAGGAACUUCAUCAGCUACACAAAGCAAAUCUACACUUCCACCUUUAUCAAAAUCAUUAAAUACAACUUUGAGAAAACCACUUGAUAAAAAUGUCAUGGAAAGUGUUUCCAAUGAAUAUGCUAUGCAGAAAGGAACAUUUGGUUUUUCAACCAAAUCUGAGUUUAUUAUGCCUAACGAUUAUAGAUAUUGA